CUCAUUCAAACCUCCACGUCCCGUUGCUCUGUAUUUUGGUCUCCGUUUCGUUCAGGUCUCGUGUAACAGGUUUCAAGACUAUAUUGUAUUACCAGUGAUCUCCCUCACUAUGUCUUCAAUUCAACCAUCACAAUCAAGUGCAAAAAUCUACGUUGGCAAUUUGAGUUGGAACACCACUGAUGACACGUUGCGCAAUGCUUUCAGCGGAUAUGGACCAGUGCUUGAUUCUAUCGUCAUGCGUGACCGUGACACUGGCCGUUCCCGAGGUUUUGGCUUUGUCACCUAUGGGUCGACUGAGGAAGCAAACCAUGCUAUUGCCAACAUGAAUGAGCAGGAGCUUGACGGCAGGAGGAUCAAAGUAAAUCUCGCUAAUCCUCGCAGCUCGGGAACCGGAGCCAGCGGUGGAGCUGCAUUCACAGGUUAUGGCGGCGGCGGCGGCAGCUAUUCUGGUGGUGGUGGUUACGGCCAGCAACCUGCCUAUGGAGGCCAGGGCGGUUUUGCUGGAGGUCAGGCAGGCUAUGGUCAAGGUGGCUAUGGCGGCUACCCAAGCGGAGGCUAUGCAGGCGGUUUCGCUCCGACUGGCUACAGUGGUCAGCAAGCUUAUGGUCAGCAAGGUGGAAAUGGCAAUCCAGGUGGUUACGGUCGUGGCUAUUGACCAUCUCUGCUUUUAACAUAUGUUCCCUCGGACAUCGAUAUCAUAUUAUGCGUUUCAUGCCCGAUCUCCUCUUCCAUAUCUACACCCUGCUUGUUCGAGGCUCACACGUCUGUGUGUCCCUUCUCAGUCUCAUUUUAGUCUGAAUUCAACCACAAUUCAGUUUGUAUUUGUAUGUACAGAUAUAUCCAUUCCUAUGUCCUUGUCCUCAGGGUCAUGAAACACUAUCCAUCGUUACUUAUGCUGCUCACCUGGCAAGUAUUCGAUUCGAGGUCCCUGGGGUAAUCCAUGCCGUUACUUUCUUCAAGAUGUAGACUCCGCGUUGGCGGUUUGACUGAGCUGGGGUUGUAUCGUAUUAAGGAACCCGCGUGCACCUUCUGAAUUCUGAAAACGUUCCCAGUUAUCGGC